AUGACCAUUAAUGUUACAUUGUCCUAUCAGAAAGGGCAUAGUUUGGCGGAGUUAAGUGAUUUGAAUCUGGGAGGAGAGUUAAACAUCCAAGGCCUAAAAAAUGUUGGGAGUAUAUCUGAAGCCAAAGAUGCCAAUUUGAAGUGUAAACAAGAUCUUCAAGAAUUAUGCUUGUCAUGGGGCAGCAGUGGUAAGACCAAAUCGGUUGUUGGAGCAGAAAUACUUGAAGCUCUUCAACCUCACUCAAAUCUCAAGCGGUUGCAAAUAUUCGGCUAUGGCGGAUUACAUUUGCCAACUUGGAUGGGAAACAAUUCAGCCCUCAUUAGUUUAACUUAUCUUCGACUUAGCAGAUGUCAACAUUGCCGACACCUUCCCGCACUUGGGAGACUCCCGUGUCUUAGAAAGCUUGAGAUAUACUCCAUGAAUGAUGUGCAGUACAUUGAGGAAGAUGAAAGUUAUGAUAAUGUGGAAGCAAGCCCAUUCCCAUCUUUGGAGUACUUGCUCGUGGAGACAUUGCGAAACGUGGAGCGGUUGAUGAAACGGGAAACAACACACAUGUUCCCCUCUCUUUCUAAACUCUAUAUCUAUGAAUGCCCUAAACUGCAAUUGCCGUGCCUUCCACAUGUUAAGGACCUCAGUGUUUGGGGAUGUAGCAAUGAGCAACUGAAGUCAAUCUCUAAUCUCAACAGUCUUAACGCACCAUAUCUUGAUCUAAAUGAUCAAGUGUGGUGCUUCCCAGAAGGAAUGAUGGACAACAUGACCUCUCUUGCAACUUUCGAGAUAUCAAAGUUCAGAGAAUUGAAGGAACUGCCAUCUGACAUCACAAAACUCACUGCUUUGUCUGAUCUAACCAUCAGUGACUGUGGAAAGCUGGAGUGCUUACCAGAACAGGGUUGGGAAGGCUUAUCUUCACUUCGAGAACUGUCAAUUGAUAACUGUAAGAGUUUGGGAUCGUUGCCUGAUGGUGUCCGGCACUUAACUUCACUUCAAUAUUUGAGUAUUGUUGGCUGCCCAAUGUUGAAAGAGCGGUGUAAGAAAGGAACAGGGGAGGAUUGGCACAAGAUAGCACAUGUUCCCCAUGUAGAUAGCAGCUGGUAA